CCAUUUCUUGUUCAUUUCACCUUCAUAUUGGCAAGACAUCAGCGAAAAACGCUUUCCUCAAUCUGAAUAUGCCUCUCCUCCAAGAUACCAAUCCCAAUCAUCAGGGUGAUAGCGACAAUGCUGCCGCCUUGGCAAUUGUUGGGUUUGCAUUUGAAUUCCCCCAAGAUGCGACAUCGAGCGAUGCAUUUUGGGAUAUGAUAACCAAGGGUCGAUCUGCUAGUACAGACUUCCCCCAAGAUCGGAUGAACAUUGAUGCAUUCUACCACCCGUCAAAGGAGAGGCCAAGCACGAUCUCAGUACGUGGGGGCAACUUUAUUCGAGAGCAUCUAGGGGCCUUCGAUGCCCCCUUUUUCUCAAUCACACCCGGGGAGGCAGCAUGUAUGGAUCCGCAGCAUCGACGAAUGCUGGAAACAACCUACCUCGCACUAGAAGAUGCGGGUAUUCCUAUCGAAAAUUGUUCUGGGACAGACACAGCCGUCUAUACUGGUUGUUUCACUAACGAUUAUCUCAACCUGUUACAGCAGGAAUUUGAGUCGGAACAUACACACGCCGCAAUGGGCGUUGCUCCGUCAAUGCUUGCGAACCGGGUCAGCUGGUUCUUCAAUUUCAAGGGCACCUCGAUGAACUUAGACUCGGCUUGUUCCAGCAGCCUAGUUGCUCUACACCUAGCGGCGCAAGAUCUACAUGCAGGUAACUGUUCUAUGGCAUUGGUAGGUGGUGCCAAUCUAGUUUAUCACCCGAACUUCAUGAAGAUUUUCUCCGCCUUCAACUUCCUCUCCCCAGAUAGCCGGAGCUGGAGCUUUGACAGACGCGCAAACGGCUAUGCGCGUGGAGAGGGUCUAGUCAUGCUGGUAGUGAAGCGAGUUGCGGAUGCUCUGCGAGAUGGUGAUUGCAUCCGAGCCGUCAUCCGCAAUACCGGGUCCAAUCAAGAUGGUAGGACUCCUGGGAUUACCCAGCCGAGUCUGCAGUCGCAGCUGGAACUUAUCAAUCAUACGUACCAACAGGCAGGGAUAUCCAUGGCGCCCACACGCUAUUUUGAGGCACAUGGACCGGGAACUCCAGUUGGGGACCCGAUAGAAGCAAAUGCCAUCGGACUGGCAUUCAAAGACCACCGUACGGAAGAAGAUCCACUCUAUGUUGGCUCCAUCAAAGCCAAUAUUGGUCAUCUUGAAGGAGCUAGUGGACUAGCUGGGCUAGUCAAGACUAUUUUGAUCCUUGAACACGGUAUAAUCCCUCCAAUUGCUGGGUUUAAAUCUUUGAACCCACGCAUUGAUGCAACGAGGUUGCACCUAGAGUUCCCGAAAGCAGCUGUACCUUGGCCGUCAACUGGUCCUCGUCGUGCUUGCAUCAACUCCUUUGGCUUUGGUGGUACCAAUGCAACUGUCAUUCUUGAUGAUGCUUAUCAUUACCUGGAGAGAAUUGACAAGUGUGGUUUUCAUCGUACUCGACAAUUUCCUCCGAGCAAUACCGAACUCUCGACGAAAGGGCCAGGAGAUGGCUCUGGGGUUACGAAAAUUGUCUCUACAUUGGAGAUCCCAAGGCUACUAGUCUGGUCAGCGGCAGAUAAGUCGUCAGCGGCGAAGCUUGGCGCAGCUUAUCACGACUAUGUAGGUAGGUAUCCGCGAGACAUGGCUGAUGUAGCUUAUACAUUGGCUGCAAGACGGAGUAAACUAUCAUGGAGAGGGUUUACUAUCACUGGCUUAAAUGAUCAGACUCUCGAGAAUACGACAGGGCCAAACCUGCCGGUGCGAGCUCGGGAACGGGCCCGGCUUGCGUUUAUUUUCACAGGUCAGGGAGCCCAAUAUAUCGGUAUGGGCAGGGAGCUCGUAACACAUCCUGUGUUUCUCGAUAGCGUGAAACUCAUGGAUGAUGACCUGAGAGCUCUUGGUUGCCCAUGGUCUCUAAGAUGGCUGCUCGAGGAGGCUGGAAGCGAGACCCCCAUCGACAAGCCUGAAUUUAGUCAACCCGUAACAACAUGCCUCCAGAUUGCUCUUGUCGAUCUUCUGGGGAGCCUUGGUGUGACUCCUAAUAUUGUCUUGGGCCACUCAUCUGGAGAGAUUGCGGCGGCAUAUGCCGCAGGUUCUUUAUCGCGCUCGGCGGCUGUCAAGGUUGCCUACUACAGAGGCCUUUUGUCAUCACAGCUGGCUAGCCAGAAUACCAACUUGUCGAUGAUGGCUGUGGGUAUAUCCUCAAGCAAUGCUCAGCCUUAUCUUGACCGACUCCACGAACUUGAAGGAAUAUCAGAAGUGGAGAUCGGCUGUGUUAACAGUCCGAAUGGUAUCACACUGACAGGCCGAGUAGACCAGCUGACCACUCUCCAACAGUGGUUCGAGCGUGACAGUGUAUUUGCGAGAAGGUUACGAGUCCCAACAGCCUAUCACUCCAGUGCAAUGGAGGCAAUUGCUGAAGACUAUCGUCUGGCUAUGGGAGACCUAGCUCGCGGACCAGAAUCUACAUUUAUUCCUAUGAUAUCAUCAGUGACUAUGGACAUCGUGACCCCUGAAAUGCUUUCCAGUCCAUGUUACUGGGUCCGCAACAUGACCUCCACUGUGAGAUUUGAAGGAGCGUUAUCACGAGCCUUGGUAUUGGCGCAAAACAAAGCAAACCCCCGCAAACAAUUGGGCCGCAAACACCCUGUUGAUUUUGGCAUUACCCAUCUUCUAGAGGUUGGCCCUCACAAAGCCCUUCAAGGACCUAUAGCAGAGACGAUACGGGCUUCUAAUUUAUCCGAAAAGCCAGUGUACAUACCACUGCUAGAUCGAAAGCAGAAUGCACAGCUUUCUUUAUUGAAGAUGGCAGGGCAACUGUUCUGCGCGGGUUACCCAAUCGACAUCCUCAGUGUGAAUGGACUGGAGCAUAUCCCGCGGCCAUUGCCUCCAAACCUACCAGUUUAUCCCUUCAACCAUGAGCGUAUCUAUUGGAGAGAAGGCCGCAUCAGCAGAAACUUCCGAUUUCCCGAAGUACCACGCCAUGACCUUUUGGGAACGCGUAGUCUCGACUGGAACCCCCAAGUGGCCCAAUGGCGUAACAUCGUGCGCCUGAAGGAAUUACCCUGGCUACGGGACCAUACGAUCGACGGCCAAAUCAUCUUUCCUGGCACUGGGAUGGUGGUCAUGGCAGUGGAGGCCUUGCGCCAGCUACCCUGGGUGGACCCGGAUCUCGCGAGCAUUGAAAUCAAAGAUGCGAAAUUCCUACAUGCCAUCCGCUUUCCGGAAGGAAAGGAGGAGCUUGAGACUCAGUUGACUCUUAACACAGCAUGGCCGAAAGAGUCGGUGGGCAUCGCGUGGUCACAGUUCAGACUAUUUGUAAAUGAAGAUGGUAGCUACAUUGAAUGCUGUCGAGGGCUCAUCCGUGGAUCUGCAAAUCAUCAGGCUCCGAUUCCGGAGCCGCCCUUCACCAGCGGCACUUCAUUACAGAACUGGGUAACUGCACUUUCAUAUGCGUGCCAGUCAUCAGAAAACGCGUACGACAACCCCACUAGGAGGUCGGUGCAAUAUGGUCCGUGUUUCCAAAACUUGAAGAACAUGCGACUGGGUUCCGGAGGCAAGGCAAUUGCACACAUUGACUUGGGCACAUGGAAAUCUGGUCCAUGUGAUAAAUGGAGCUCCCAAUACGCUGUUCAUCCUGUUACAAUGGACGGGUUAGCACAGCUUGUUGUGCCUGCGUUGGCUUAUGAAUUUGAAAACCUGCCCACAAUGGUUCCUGUUCGAGCUGCAAGUAUAUGGAUCAAUCUCUUAGAACCUUCUAUGUUGAAUGGCAGAGAACUCCUUGCUGCAGCUCAAUGUAGUCCCCGCGGUAAUAGGGGCGCCGAGGCUGACAUUAUCAGCACUAGCUCUGAUGGCAGUCAACUAGUGCUAUAUAUCGAAGGCCUCGAGACGACAUUUAUCGAGGGCAUUUCGACGGUCCAGGAACCUGAGAAACCCCGUAAUCUAUGCACGGGCCUAGUCUGGAAGGCAGAUAUUGAUAUGCUGAGCAACGAACAGCUGCUUAGAGAGAUCUGCCGCGGUAGGCCCAAUGAGCCAUACGGUACUUUGAAGCGCCACGAAUCACUACAGUUAGCGAUUCUCGGUUUUCUGGAUGAAGCGGUUGCUUAUAUUGACCAACACCCUGGUCUGUCCGUCCCCCUGUAUCUCCGCCGCUAUGUCGACUGGAUGCGAUACCAGCGACAUCGCCUUAAUAACAGGCUUCUGACAACAGCAAACAAAUGCAUCUUGCAUGAUAAGUCAGCUCGGGAUGAGUUGGUCCUGAAACUUGAGAGCACAGAUAUCGAAUGCUACUUCUUCAUGCAUGUUGGGCGGAACCUCAUCGCCAUUUUGUCGGGAGAAGUCGAUCCACUCGACGUGAUGUUUAGAAACGGACUAGCCGAUCGCCACUAUGAGCAUAGGCUGGCAAAUGAACAUCAUGCCUACCCUAUAUCCCGCUAUCUGGAUCUUCAAAGUUUCAAGAAUCCAUCUUUGAAGAUUCUUGAAGUAGGUGCAGGAACUGGAGGUCAAACACUUUGCGCGCUGCAGGCCAUUUGCUCACAGGGAGUCAAGAGAUGCGAACAGUACGAUUAUACGGACAUUUCACCGGGCUUCUUUGCUCAGGCCCAACAGAAGUUCAAAGACUUCCUUGAUAUUAUGCGGUUUCGAACGUGUGAUAUCUCAAAGGACCCAGUCUCUCAGUCCUUUGAGCCGGGAACCUAUGACAUUGUACUGGCUUCUCACGUGCUGCACGCUACGGACAGGCUAGAUAUAUCUUUGCAGAACAUCAGGAAGCUCCUUAAACCUGGCGGAAAGCUGCUCUUGAUUGAGACUACGGAUCCUGACGCCCUUCAAAUCCCUUUCGCAUACGGGCUUUUAAAGGGGUGGUGGAGUCCACUGGACCAUGAAGCGCGCUCUGACUUUAGUCCGUGCCUCACGCUGCCUCAAUGGCAUGAAUGCCUCAAGAAAAAUGGGUUUUCUGGGAUUGAUAUUGAGAUCCCAGGGCAAGGAAUCCCGGCUUGCCAAUACAGCAGCAUUAUAGUGUCGAGCGCAACAGCUGAGCACAGAGAAGUGCUUGAUACUGUUGAGGACCUGAUUGUAAUUCGAGACCCCACCCAGACGUAUCAGUCCGAGGUUGCAGCCACCAUUGCACUUGACCGCCGUGCACUGAUGCAUACGCUGGAUGAGGCAGCUCAUCUUCACAUCCGACCAUCUACAAUGAUUAUCGUCCUCUUGGAACUGGGAACAAGCCUCCUAUCUGAGAUAAGCCACACCGACUAUGCGCUGUUGCAGAGGAUCAUGAUCGAGGCCAAGAAUGUUCUUUGGGUCACAGGACCAAUUGUAAAAGGAGCGCUCAUACCACAACACUCUUUGAUAGAAGGGUUUGGUCGUACGCUCGCUUCAGAAGACUCCACACGCAAGUUCGUCACAUAUGCACUGUCUGGUCUUGAAACAGUGGCUCAAGCCACAACAAAUAUUCUACGACUAUCGUCUCAAACUAUCAUUAGGCCGGUUGAAUUUAUGGAGACGAACUUUUCAACCUCAGAGGGUGUUUUGAAGAUCCCUCGUGUCUCACAAUACGAGCACAUGAAUCAUAUAAUACAUCAAUACACUCGGGGUCGAAGAGAGGAGCAAUGGUAUCUUGAUAACGAGCUUGGCUCUGCUCGUCGGGCGGCCACACUGGGAUUCGGUGCAUCGGGAUGCACAAAUGACGUGGCAUACCAAGAGAACAGCGAAUUCCAGGCUUCUACAACAGCAGAUGAUGAAGUGAUUAUCCAGAUACAAGCUUUCGGGCUGACACCAAGAGAUUACCUAGCCGCGAGUGGCCAGCUGAGCCAGAGUGGCUUAAGCACCCAGUGCUCUGGAAUCAUUCAACAGGCUACCGCCGCGUCGGGUUUCAAGGUGGGAGACAGGGUAUGCGCAAUUGGGACAGGAAUGGCUGGCACCUUUAUCCGUGCAAAUUCCACUGCAGUAGCUCCCAUACCUUCCGAUUUGAGUUUCACACAAGCUGCCGCCUUGCCCACACCCCUUUGGACGGCAUUCUACUCGUUGGACCACCUUGCAAGGCUCGUAGCGGACGAAAUCUUGCUUAUUCAUCAAGCCAGUACCAGUGUUGGACAGAUGGUGGUCCAGCUUGCCUUAGAACGGGGCGGGCGUGUGCUGGCUACCACAGACAGCGAGACACAGAAGAUGUUUGUAUGCGCAACCCUGGGCUUGCCAGAGUCGGACGUCCUGCUGUCCAAUGACCCUUCGCUAGCACCAAAGUUGAAGGGCGCCACCAACGGACAAGGGUUGGAUGUAAUCAUUGGUUCAUUCGAUGCUGAUGCUAGACUCAAUAUAGCACGGUGCCUUGCUCCUUGUGGUCGGAUGGUUGACAUCAGCUGGGGGCAGGUAAGACAUAGUCAACGAACCGGACAAAUGCCGCACCCGAACACCUCGGAGACUGUGCUUGAUAUGGCACAGUUAUUCGACCGCAAAGCGCAUAGUGCUCGCACCAUCUUUCAAAGAGCCAUGAAGUGCUUCUCGACAAAGCCAAUCCAGCCACCACAAUCCAUUAGUGUCUAUAAGGCUGGGAAGGAGCAAGAGGCACUGCAACAGUACCAAGAAACAGAUGUGGUUGGGGAUCCAGUUGUUGAGUUUGUAAGAAACAUACCCAUUACGGUGAACUGCUCGUCCAAGUCUCGAUACAAAUUUCCCCAGGACUUCUCCUACGUUAUUGCCGGCGGGCUCGGAGGACUAGGCCGCAGUUUUGCACGGUGGAUGGCGAGUCGAGGAGCACGUUAUAUGAUUCUGCUCUCUCGUUCUGGUCCGUCGACCCCCACAGCUCAAGAACUUGUUAAGGAUCUAGAAAACUUGGGUGUCCGGGUUGCGACACCCAAGGUCGACAUCAGUGACGUCAACCACCUAGAGGAAGUACUGGCGCAGCUUUCAAAAUCUAUGCCACCUAUCCGAGGAUGUAUUCAAGCUACCGUGGCUCUAAGGGAUAACCUAUUCGAAAAUAUGUCUCAUGAGGACUGGACCACCAGCAUCAACUCUAAGGUCACCGGAUCAUGGAACCUGCACCGCGUUCUCCCACAUGAUCUUGAUUUCUUCGUCCUUCUUUCGUCAUUGAACGGCAUCUUCGGUAACCGUGGACAAGCUAACUACGCCGCCGGCAACACGUUCAAAGACGCGCUGGCCCAUCAUCGGCUAGCACAGAAACAAAAAGCGGUCUCGAUUGACCUAGGACUCAUGGUAGGCGAAGGAAUGGUUGCUGAGAGCGAGUUCCUCCUUACGGCUAUGCGCCGGAUCGGGCACCUGAUGGAGAUCGCUCAAGAGGAACUAGUCGCCCUCUUAGACUACUACUGUGACCCAGCGCUCCCUUUGCUCUCCGCAGACGAGGCACAAGUAGUCGUCGGAAUUGAACUUCCAGCGGACGUCACGGCAAAGGGGAUUGACCUGCAUCAUUCUAUUCGGCGCCCACUAUUUAGCCAUCUGUUCCGGAUGGAAUCACGGAAUGCGAUCGAAGCCGGGAAGGAUUCCUCCAGUCCCGCCGACAAGUCUGCAGUGGUCAACCGGCCAGCGGUUCUGAAGGCGCUUCCUUCGGUCGCCGAGGCGACAGACCAAAUCGUUGAGUGGGUGGCAGCGAAGAUUGCCCAUGUGUUGGGAUUGUCGCCCUCGGACAUCGACUCCGCUAAGCCGGUGCACACGUAUGGAAUGGAUUCGCUUGUUGCAGUAGAUCUAAAGAACUGGUUUGAUCGGGAAAUUGGGGCGAGUAUCACUGUUUUUGAUUUAAUGGGCAAUUCACCACUGCGGCGGCUUUCGGAGAUGGCGGCUGAGAAGAGUCGGUAUCGUGCUUAGUGACUUACCAGUGACCUCAGGUGCUAGCUAGCUAAGUAGAGUUAAGAAUUUAGAGUGAAAUCUACAUGUCAGAUAGGAAUCGCAUGUUGUGCUGAGGGAAGAAAUUGGCAGAUUGCAAGGCGAUUAUCAGCGGAAAUGUAUAUUUUUCUUGGCCGCUCAAGUACAGUUGAACG